AUGGCACAAAUUUCCAACUCCUCGGAUUCAUUGUACAACUUUGUUGUAAAAGAUGGAAAUGGGAUCAAAGGUUUAGUUGACUCAGGUUUAUCAGAGGUUCCAAAAAUAUACAUACAACCCAUAAACAACAGAAUCAGCAAACUAAACUCAAAACCAUGUGAAAUUCAACCUAUUGAUUUAUCAAAACUCAAUGGGCCAGAACAUGAAAAAGUGGUGGAUGAAAUUGUUAGAGCUGCUGAGACACUUGGAUUCUUUCAAGUAGUGAAUCAUUGUGUUCCUCCCGAGUUGUUGGAAUCACUUAAAGAUUCAGCACACUCUUUCUUCAACUUGCCACCAGAGGACAAAGUUAUUUACCGCAAUAGUGCGAGUAAUACGAGAUAUAAAACUAGCUUUGUACCUGAGUUAGAAAAAGUGUUGGAAUGGAAAGAUUAUAUCAAUAUGGUUUAUAGUUGUGAUGAAGAUGCUCUUCAACAUUGGCCUAAUAUAUGCAAGCCAGAACAUGAAAAAGUGGUGGAUGAAAUUGUUAGAGCUGCUGAGACACUUGGAUUCUUUCAAGUAGUGAAUCAUUGUGUUCCUCCCGAGUUGUUGGAAUCACUUAAAGAUUCAGCACACUCUUUCUUCAACUUGCCACCAGAGGAGAAAGUUAUUUACCGCAAUAGUGCGAGUAAUACGAGAUAUAAAACUAGCUUUGUACCUGAGUUAGAAAAAGUGUUGGAAUGGAAAGAUUAUAUCAAUAUGGUUUAUAGUUGUGAUGAAGAUGCUCUUCAACAUUGGCCUAAUAUAUGCAAGGAAGUUGCACUUGAAUAUUUGAAGUUAUCAUCCAAGAUAGCGAGAGACUUAUUAAAAAUAUUAAUUGAUAAACUUGGAGUGAAACUAGAUGAUUCAAAAAUGGAGAGUCUUAUUGGUACGAAGAUGGUUAACAUGAACUACUAUCCAGCAUGUCCAAAUCCAGAACUCACCGUCGGUACAGUGCGUCACUCAGACUCAGGAACUAUCACAAUUCUUCUUCAAGAUGGAAUUGGUGGAUUGCAUGUUAAAUCAGAAGAUGAGAGUAAUGAUGAAAAAGAAGUGUGGCUUGAAAUUCCUCCAAUGCAGGAAGCUUUAGUCAUCAAUGUUGGUGAUGCUUUAGAGGUUUGAUAUAUCUUUAAAUCAAAAAAUACGACAUAGUUAAAAUCUUAAAAUUGUACUAAUGUACUUUGCAUCAUAACUAAUAAUCCUUUUGUAUUUUACUUGAAGGUACUUAGCAAUGGAAAAUAUAAAAGUGCUGAACAUAGAGUACUGACAACUUCCACACAAUCAAGAGUAUCAGUUCCAAUGUUCAGUCUUCCUAUGUUUACUGAGAGGAUUGGCCCAUUUCCAGAAUUGGUGAAGAAAGAUGGAUUUGCUGGUUAUAGAGAUGUCUUGUGGCAGGAUUAUAUGGACAACUACUUUAGGAGUUCUCAUGAUGGAAAAAGACUCUUAAUUUUGCAAAAAUCAACUCUACUUAAUAAUUCUAUAAAAGAGAGUAUGAAGUAUGUGUUUAAUUUUUUAAAUGAGUUUUAAUUUAGAAGUCAGUGGACAAAUAAAAAGUUCUUGUAGUGGAAAGGCCAAGAGGUUAGUGGUCUUUUAAUAGAACUCAGUUGCAUUUUAAUUCCUAGAAUAGUAGUAUCUUGGGUCUUUAUAAAGACUUUGUUGUAUUUUCAUUUCAAUAAGCAAGAGAGCAAUAUAUAAAGUAGUAUUUAUAUCAACAAA